UAUUGGAAGUUUUUGUUUUUGAGUUUUUCGAGUUAUUAGGAAAGUGAAUGCGUGGUUGUGGGUGGGUGUCAUGUUAGUAUUUGCACGGCGAUGAUCGAAUGGAGGCAAUUGAAUGAAACCAGCUGGUAGCAAAUGAAACUUGUGCUUUCUUUAUCAGUUUGAGUUUGCACCGACUUGGAGGAUGAUGUGCUCCAGCUUUCUGCUCCUGCUGCUGCCAGCUAUAUACUUUCCAGCAUUGAUGGCCGAAAGCUUGCCUUUGGAAACAAUUUUGGGCCACGAUAAAAACCCGGAUCCGACUCGGGAAAAGUAUAUUUGGAAUCCGUUUCCGGGCAACUGUGGCCUCAAUGCCAGCAUGGUGCCUUGUGCCGGGGUCUGCCCAGAAACGUGCAGCUUUAAGUCCGAGAAGUGUCCUCAGUACUGCGGCGUCAAUUGUGAAUGUAUUGAUGGUUAUGUUUUCAGCGAAAGCCUAUUGAAGUGCAUUCUGCGACAGGACUGCCCCAUUAACAUACCGCAACAAGUUGUGGAAACGUACCGGGUCUUCCAGUAGAACACUUCUAGUUCACAUCCAAAUGACCAAUAAAGAGUAAAUAUGAAAA